CACCCUCAACAACAACAACAUCACCCUCAUCCCUCUGUCUAGCUUCAACACAUGCCCAAGCUGCGGACUCUACGUCUACAUUCUAACAAUCUGCACUGCGACUGCCACCUGUCCUGGCUGUCUGACUGGCUGCGGCAGAGGCGUGCCUUGGCCCCCUUCACCCAGUGCAUGGCGCCUGCCAACAUGAGGGGCCUCAACAUCCCUGACGUCCAGAAGAAAGACUUCACCUGUACAGGCYCAGCUCAGGCGAAGCCUCAUACCUGUAUUCCCCAAGCAUCAGUGUGUCCGGCCUCUUGCACCUGCAACAACAACAUUGUGGACUGUCGCCGCAAGGGCCUGACGGAGAUCCCUGCCAACCUACCAGAGGGCAUCGUAGAGAUGGUAUGCAUCACUGUUACGCGGCGACGGGACAGACCGCUGGUUGCGGGAGAGGCAGCUGCCCCUGUAGGGUACACCAUCGACAGCCACUCUGUGGCGGCAACCCGGACUCGAUAUGUGGCCGAGUACCACGCUCUGGCCUUCGUCCUCCCGGGUUCCGCGCGCGGGGAUCUCGUCUCGGAGGAUAACACAGUGGCAUCAAAUGCGGCCCACUCCCAGAGUUGUUGUUCUAUGCCCUACCGUGUGUGCCUUCCCUCGGGGUCUCCUCGCUCCCAAUCGCGCGGCCUCUUCCGCACCCCGUGA